AUGGCUUAUGAAGCUUUUGAUACUCUGCUUCAAACCUUAGAUCGAAUCCUAAAGCAUGGCGAUGAUCGCGCCAUCACUCAUUCUGUUAAACAAGAAAUUUUAUCCAUCCGCGUCCAAGCUGUCGUCUUGCAGUUGAAUCUCAAACAUUAUCCAAACAAAGAAACAAUCAGAGAUGCAGCAGUUUCAACACAUGAGAUUAUUGAAUAUCUCUUCUCUGAAGAAAACCUUUCAGAUGGAGCCAGACUUGCGAACAGGCUGAGGAAACUAGCAGAGAGAUUGGAGUCAACCGUUGGAGAUGUGGUGGAUUGCAUCAAGGGUAAAGGCUCAAUCGGCAGUGUAACUGAUUCUGCCGAUGUUAGUUCAUCAUCAAGAUCAGCAAUCACAAGCAGCAAAGAUGAUGGUGUGGUUGGUUUUGAAGAAGAUGUGGAAGUGAUCAAGAAUCGGCUUUUAGAGAGAUCAUCCAGACUACGAGUCCUCCCAAUUGUUGGAACAGGAGGCAUUGGUAAGACCACACUUGCUAAAAUUGUUUAUAAUCAUGCAUCCGUUGUGGAAAAUUUUGAUAUCUGCGCCUGGGUCACAAUAUCACAAGAUCAUAGUGUAGAACGUAUUGUUCUAAAUCUUCUAGCUUCCAUGAAAGAAAUUUCAACACUAAGAGAUAGUGACAUCCCUAUGGAAACCUUAAUUUACAAAUACCUACUAGGUCGGAGGUAUCUUAUUGUAAUGGACGACAUGUGGAGUAAGAAAGCUUGGGAUGAUGUAAGGAUGUUGUUUCCUGACUCCGGUAAUGGCAGUUGGAUCAUAGUAACCACAAGGCUGCAUGAUGUGGCUGCUUAUGUCAACUCUUCUAGUUCCAUUCAUACUAUGAGUGUGUUGGAUGCACAUCAUAGUUGGAAUUUGCUAGAGCAGAAGGUGUUUGCCGGUAGAUACUUUCCUAUUGAACUAAAAGAUAUAGGGAAGAAAAUUGUUCAAAAUUGUGGAGGACUCCCCCUUUCAAUCGUGGUGGUGGCAGGACUUCUAUCUAAGGUUCAUACUCGAUCCUCAUGGGAGCAAAUUGCUGCAAAUGACGGGCAGCUUGAAUCAAUAAUUGGUUCGAGUUAUACUCAUUUACCCAAUCACUUGAAGCCAUGUCUUUUAUAUAUGUCUGGCUUUCCAGAAGAUCAGGAGAUUCGUGUUACAGAGCUUGUUAAUCUUUGGAUGUCCGAAGGUUUUGUAACACUUUCAAAUGGAUCUAAAAGCUUAGAAGAGGAGGCAGAAGAUUGUUAUGAGGAUCUUGUCGAGAGAAGUCUAGUUUUGGUCGCCAACAGGAAGUUUGAUGGGAAAAUAAAGAGUUGCAGCCUUCAUGAUAUUGUGCGGGAAUUUUGCAUAAGGCAAGCUGCAAAAGAGAAGGUAAUUCUGCCAGUUAUUGAUUAUUUACCUACUCCUAUCCUGCGAAGGCAUUUUGUUCCACGUCUCAUAAAAGAUCAUCACAGCAUAAGUACUACUUCCUAUGAUCUACUACAUCUCAAAGACUCUGUGCAUAGCUCACACAUACGCACCAUUAUAUGCAUCCCCAAGAAAGGGGGUAGGUUUGUGGGCAUUGUAGAGAAGUUUAGUUCAUUGAGGGUCCUUCAUGUUUUACGUAGAAGCGAUUAUUGGGACUGGGAGCCAGGUCAAGUGUUCGAUCUGGUUCAUUUAACUUACCUUGCUUCCAACAUUCCCAAUAAUAUAGUUCCUUCAACCAUAUUAAAGCUUCAGAAUCUUCAAAUUUUAAUUAUUUAUAGAUCUGAGGUUCGUUUGCCUGUGGAGAUUUGGAGGUUGCGAAAAUUAAGAUAUCUUAUUGCCUUCUCAUUUCAACCCUUACCGAGCCCUGAGUGGGAACAAAAUCCCCUCGAUAACUUGGAGGCACUUUCGCUGGCAACAGACUUGGUGUGCAGUAAAAGAAUGGUGGAAAUGAUUCCAAACAUUAAAAAGUUGGGAAUAUGUUACUCCAAGGAGAAGUUUGAUGUGAAUGCAGGCUAUUGCCUCGACAAUCUUAAUUUGUUUUGUCAACUUGAGAAAUUGAAAUUGGAGAUGAGUGGAGGUUUUUUAUCGAGACAACUUGCUGAAACUAGAGGUCUAAACUUUCCUCUACAACUGAGAAGGUUAACCUUGAGUGGUGGGAAGCUUCCUUGGAAUGAUAUGACCAUCAUUGGUUCAUUACCUAAUCUUGAAGUGCUUAAACUAAGAAACUAUGCUUGCAAAGGCAAUUACUGGAUGACAAUUGAGGGAAAUUUUCGUGAGCUGAGAUUCUUGCUAAUUGACCGAUCAGGUUUGGUUGAUUGGAUAACUGAAGCUAGCCACUUCCCGAGACUCGAGUGCCUAAUACUUCGUCGGUGUCGUGUUCUAUAUAGGAUUCCACGUAAUAUUGGAUACAUUCCAACACUUAAGCUGAUUGAGGUCGAGAAGUGGCACAUGCGUAGUCUUUUAAGCUCGGCAGCACUGAUAGAAAAAAUGCAACGGAAUUCUGGAAAUGAUAGCUUUCAAGUUCGUGUGAAGCAUUCCUGAUAUGAUGUUGUUUGAACAAUAUAGAUAAAGUGU